GAGAGAGAGAGAGAGAGAGAGGGAAGGAGAGAGAGAGAGUCAGACUUGCCACAUCCCUGCCAAGGGUGAGCAUUUUACGCGCGAUUCAGUCGCCGAUCUCCAACAGCCCCUCUCCGCCACCAGGACUAAUUUCAUCAUGAAAACUUUUAAACUCUUUAUUUCGACAUAAGCUGUUUUCCUCCGUUUGAUGCGUGGAGAAAAAAAAAGCUUCAACUUUUACCACCAGACACCAUCCGUGCGGCGGUGAAGUUAUUCCAUCUUCUUUUGGUGCCAAUUAUACAGCCCUCCGUGUUGAAGCCUCCCCCGGUCGCCAUUGACCCUGUUAGCCAGCUUUAAUGUCAACUCCCUGGCUCCAAAGUGGAGGGAAUUACCCCACUUUUAGUCUCCAAUGAGGAAAAAAGAAGAGCAACACAGCAAAAUGCAGAGCUUGACUCUUUUUCAACCCAUGCGUUCUUUUCAGGGUCUGACUGCUCUUGCUUUCUGGUGAAACACAGGGUCAGGACUGUGUGGAUAAGACCCUGAGGGUUUUGACAUUUCAGCUUUUCUGCCUUUUUUUUUUUUCUUUUUUCUUUUCUACAUUUUUGCUCCUCUGGCCUCAGUGCCUUUUGGAGGGGGGCCCAGAUGAUGAUGGGGUGGUGUUGCUCAGGCAUAUGCAGAGCCCUGGCUCUCCUGGCACUCCUGUCUCCCUUGCGGGAAAGGGGCUGCUGGGGGCUGAAUCCCAGCUCUGGGGAUCUGGAGAAGUCCCCACACUCUGAUCCAGACCCCUGGGAGGUCCUGCACAGGCACAAACGCAGCUGGGUAUGGAACCAGUUCUUCGUAUUGGAGGAGUACACAGGAAAUGAACCACUCUAUGUUGGCAAGCUACACUCAGAUGUGGAUAAAGGAGAUGGCAAAGUGAAGUAUGUGUUAUCUGGUGAGGGCGCCACCUCCAUCUUCACCAUUGAUGAGAACACAGGAGACAUCCAUGCCACAAAGCGGCUUGAUCGGGAGGCACAGGCUUACUACACCCUCCAAGCUCAAGCUGUAGACCGUCUCACUAAUUUACCCGUAGAGCCCAAGUCUGAAUUUGUGGUCAAGGUCCAGGACAUCAAUGAUAAUGAGCCAAAGUUUCUUGAUGGACCGUACUUGGCAGGGGUACCAGAGAUGUCACCCUUAGGAACCAUGGUAGUGCAAGUGGCAGCCACAGAUGCAGAUGACCCAACAUAUGGGAACAGCGCCAGGGUGGUCUACAGCAUCAUCCAUGGACAGCCGUAUUUCUCAGUGGAGCCCAAGACAGGUGUCAUCAGAACAGCUCUGCCCAACAUGGACCGGGAGACACGGGACCAGUAUGUGCUCGUCAUCCAGGCCAAAGACAUGGUCGGCCAGAUGGGCGGCCUCUCUGGCACCACCUCUGUCACUGUCACACUCACUGACGUCAACGACAACCCACCUCGGUUCACUCACAAGAGCUAUCAGUACACAGUGCAGGAGUCGCUGCCGGUGCAAUCUGUGGUGGCCAGAAUCAAAGCAGUGGAUGCUGAUAUAGGCUCCAACGCGGAGAUGGACUACAGAAUCAUGGACGGAGACGGGCCCGGCAUGUUCAACAUUACAACAGAUGAGGAUACACAAGAGGGGGUCAUCAUUCUGCUAAAGCCUCUUGACUUUGAAACAAAGAGCAGCUUUUCUCUGAGAAUCGAAGCCACAAACAGGAAUAUUGACUCCAACUUCUUGAGCUUGGGCCCAUUCAGCGACACCACAUCAGUCAAAGUGACGGUGGAAGACGUGAACGAGCCACCCGUCUUUUCCGCGACACUUAGCAGGAUGGUUGUUUCGGAGGAUGCCAAAGUGGGCACCUCGAUCGGGAAGGUCUCUGCCCAUGACCCAGACACCUCCAACAGUGCCAUCAGGUACUCCAUAGACAGGAACACAGACUUGGAGCGCUUCUUCAAUGUGGACGCUCUAAGCGGGGUCAUCAGCACAGCCAAGCCUCUAGACCGAGAGGCCAACUCGGUUCAUAACCUCACCAUCUUCGGCAUCGAGAGCCAGGACCCAGCCCAAAUUGGAAAAGGCAUCGCUCUCAUCACAGUGCUGGACAUAAAUGAUAAUGCGCCGGUCUUUGCCAUAGACUAUGAAACUCUCCUCUGUGAGAACGCCAUGCCAGGACAGGUGAUUCAGACCAUCAGUGCGGUGGAUAAGGACGAACCUCUGAGCGGUCACCGCUUUUAUUUCGCCCUUGCUGCACCUGUUGCCGGGAACCUCAACUUCACUCUGCGAGAUAACAAAGACAACACAGCAUCCAUACUGACAAAGCGAGGUGGUUUCAGGAGAAGGGAGCAGCCUGUUUAUCGGCUGCCCGUGCUUAUCGUGGACAGUGGAAGUCCUGCCCUCAGCAGCACUAACACGCUCUCAGUGCGUGUGUGUGACUGCGACUCUGACGGCGUGGCCUUGUCUUGUGGAGCCGUGGCCUACACUUCGACUGGCCUGAGCACCGGUGCCCUCCUGGCUAUUUUAGGCUGCAUUAUCACACUUCUAGUGAUGGUUCUGCUAAUUGUGACAAUGCGUCGGAGGAGGAAGGAGCCUCUGAUUCUGGAGGAGGAGAGGGACAUCAGAGAGAACAUUGUCCGUUAUGACGACGAGGGCGGGGGAGAGGAGGACACAGAGGCCUUUGACAUGGUUACCCUGCGCAACCUGAAUGUCAUCAGAGACCCCAACGUACGGCGAGAUGUCACACCAGAUACACCUACCUUCUUCCACUACCCAUCAGCUACUCGCCCGUCCUAUAAAUCCCUGCCGGACAAUGUGGUGUUUCGAGAGUUUAUUUGGGAACGACUUAAGGAUGCUGAUGUGGACCCGUCAGCUCCCCCAUAUGACUCCCUGCAGACAUAUGCUUUUGAAGGCAGCGGCUCAGUAGCAGAGUCACUAAGCUCACUGGAGUCACUAAGCACAGACUCAGAUCAGAACUAUGACUAUCUCAGCAACUGGGGACCACGCUUCAAAAAGCUGGCCGACCUGUACGGCAACAGCGACGGCACCAGUGUGUUCUCAUAGCCCCGAAAUGUCUCUCUUAACAUUUAAAUAAGAGUAAUUUAUUGUCACAGAAAAUGAUUUUGUCUGCCUUAGUGCACUGGAGGAAAAGAUUCAAAGACAACGCAAGAGAGACUGAAAGAUAAAUACUUUGACUUCAAAGAUUUUUGGUUUGUUUACCUCCUUGUAUGGAUUUUCAAAAGCGUGCCAUGGUGAGUUUUGACACAGACUUCAAAAGUGGCUUGAGUGAGGAGGAAACCUUGUGUGCAAAAGACAUUAAAGGUUUCAGAUUUUGGGCUU